GCCGCCGCCUCCCGCUGCCAUGGUAACCCCGGGGAGCGAUGGCGGACGAGGACUCGGAGAGCGUCCGCACCGCGGAGUCCCAGGAGCUCGCAGCCCUGCCCCUGCCCCAGCUGGAGGCCCUGGUGCGGGAGACCAGUCAUGCCCUCUCCAUUCUCAAAGUCGAGACAGAAAUGUUUGAAAAAUACUACAAUAAGAUGGAGCCAAAGGAUCUGGUCAGCCAUUUGUUGCCAAGUGUACACGGCUCCUCGCUGGACAUGGGGCAGACACGUUCUAGACGUAAAUCUAAAUCCCGCGCUGCAGCAGAUCGUUUUAUAGGCCUGACAGUGCAACAGAAGAAUGAUCUAGCGCAGCGGGAGCUGGAUGAGAUGAAGGAAGAAAUUCAGAAGACCAAGGGGGAUUCUGAACGGAUUAUACAAAACUACCAGGCUGUCAUGGAAGAAGCAGCUAUUCGGUGGGCUGAUAUUAAGAAAGCCAUGUGCAACUUUAACAAAGACAUUAUCCAAACAAUAUCCAAGAAGAAAGGGAGUGUCACAGCAACUGAGAAGGUGCUGAGAUACCUUGAGGAGAAGAACCACUACAGGGAUGCGAUGAAAGAAAAAUUGCGUUUGAAAAAUGAUUCCCUCAAAGUGCAGAAGAAAAAGUUACAGCUGCAGCUCAAGCAGAAGGAAGAGAUGGGCGAGGCACUCCAUGAGGUUGAUUUCCAGCAGCUGAAGAUUGAGAACGCUCAGUUUCUGGAGAAGAUUGAUGAGAGGAACCGGGACCUGCUACAGAUAAAAUUGACAGUGGGAAACACUCUUCAAAUCUUCAAUUCCUACAAAAGAAAGCUGCAGAACGCCACCGCAGCAUCCGCCUGCCUGAUGAAAGAUAUCUCCCAGAGGAAGGAGGUGCUGGAGAAGAUGGAAAGGGAAACCAUCCUGGUGGAGGAGGAACGAACCAAAGCAAAGGGUGUGAAUAAGCAGCUGCGGCAGCAGCUCUCAGAUUACAGAGUGCCCCCAGUGGUGAAGUACGUCAAUCAGAAGAUGGCCAUCGAUGACCUGGAAAACAAUAUUAAGAUAUGGGAGAGGAAGGUGGAGAUCGCCGAGACUAACAUGGCUACUACUGAAACCUGUCCUUUGAUGAUACACAGUGCCUCAUUUGCCUUCAAUGGGCCAUCUUGUGUCCAGGAAGAGCACUUUACCUUAAUUAAUGCUUCUCUUCCUGUCUGAUGUCCUUGCAGAGCU